GCCACUGUUAUCGAUGACGUCACGCGUCACAACAAACGCUCUGUUGCGUCAUGCGCAGACGUUCCAGAAUGUUCGAGAAGUUUCCUCUCUCCUACUAAUACCGGCGACUGCCAGUGUGGCUUCAAAUCUUGUCUGUGGCAACGCAAGGUUCAAGUCAAAAUGUCUCAAUUGUUGUUACCCGCUUUACUAGGCGACGUGUGGGAUUAUCCUCGCCGAUUAUUCGAUCAACAGUUCGGUUUGGGGCUGACAGAUGAGGAUUUCUUCCCUCCGACGUCAUAUCGCGGAUUUAUCGUCAGACCGCGAUGCCAGACGAGUGUCCAAGAUUCUAGUUCCGGUGUUUCCGAAGUAGUCAACACCAAAGACCACUUCCGGGUCAUGACCGACGUCAGCCACUUCUCUCCGGAAGACAUCACCGUCAAAACCGUGGACAAUUGCGUGGUGAUACACGGAAAACACGAGGAGAAGAUGGAUCAACACGGGUUCGUGUCCAGAGAGUUUACCCGCAGAUACGUCCUUCCUAAGGAAGUCGAUCCCGAGAAGGUGACGUCGUCUCUGAGUGGCGACGGAGUGUUGACGGUGGAAGCGCCUAAAAAACGCGAAGAAUUACCGUCUAACGAAAGAGUUGUUCCUAUAACCGUGCAGAGGGUCCCUGCAGUGAGGGAGACGGAGAAAACGGAAGAGGUCCCCAACGAAUAAGUUUCCUCGUUUACUACGAAAAUUCUUUAUUUAUUAAUGAUGUUUAUUAGCCUAUAGUAGGCCUGUAUA